GCGCGGUACUCAAGUCGCAGCCGAGUCUAUUAUCAACAACCCGAGCAGCCUUCCUGCGCUUGCUCUGUCCGCUCCAUUCAACUUUGCGGCCUGGAUGAGUUAAGACUCGGAUGCUCUCAAGGGAUUUCAUUGACAGUCGCACAAGGAGGGGGGGAUAUUAAACAUGUCUGCGAUGAAUAAUGAGCAGCUACAUCGAUCAACGUUGGGGAUUUACUCGAACUUGAUGGAAGAGUUCAACCCUGGCCUGCAAAAACUCGUGUCACUGGGCCACAGCUAUGUGCGAGCUUUCCAAGCUCUGGCUGUAAAAAGCGAGGCUUACUUCACUGCACUUUCACAGAUGGGCGAGCAGGCCUUCCACACCAUGUCCUCACGUUCCAUAGGAGAUGUUCUGAUUCAGAUUGCCGAGAGCCAAAAGAAACUCACCUUGGAGCUCGAAGGAGUAUUCCGUUGGUUCACGGAGGACAUUCUUCACGAAAUGGACAAUAACGUUAGACUGGACCAGGAUUACAUAUCCGGCAGCAGAGAACAAUAUGAGAUGAGUGUCUUUAGUCAGUCAGCGGUUAUGGAGAGACAGCUAAGGCGAGGAGCUAACCAGGAGGCCGCUGAGCAUCUGCGGUUCCUUCGGGAAAGUCAUAGCGAGGCUCUCAAAGAGGAAGAGAGAAGAUAUCGCUUCCUGGCUGAGAAACACUGCGGCCUGAUCCGGUCCAUCUCCGGCCUUAUGAAUAAGAAUGGAGCUGCGCUCCAGCAGAAAGCUGACUCCUGGAGAGAAGAGGUCAACGCUACCAGAGGACGGGAUGCCGUACGGCCGCCCGGCCCGGAGAGCUCUGCACAGGCAAGACAGGAGAACUGGAAGAACAGAGACGAGCAGCCUCUUGGCAACGUCCCAUCAAGAGCUCCGUCUCCCCAGGGAAGCAUAUAUCGCUCUACAUCUGAAUCGGCGGGCGGUGCGGGAAGAUCCACGAGGGCCCGGGUGGCCCAUCAGCCGCUUGGCUCCAAUCCAACCCUGCUGCACUUUGACAGGGGAGAGAUGAUUACCGUGCUGGUCCAGCAGCCGAAAAACGGCUGGUUGUAUGGCCGUGCAGCUGGUAACAAUUCGCGUCAAGGGUGGUUCCCGGCCUCCUAUGUGGAAGAAGUGGACGACCUUCGUUUGCCAGCUGACAUCGGUUCCACUCCCCGGGCAAGAAACAACAGCAGUGUGAGCAGCCGCAUGGACGCGCCAGGAAGAAACACGCCACCUCCGCCGCCUCCGCCUCUGCUAUCGCAAUCUUCAAAGAAAUCCUCUCAAAUUCAAACCGGCGCAUCGGACAAGACAACGGAGUCGAAUCCUGAAAAAAAGCGCUCCCAGCCACACGGAUCAAGACCGGAACUCUUUCCGAGGGGCACAAACCCAUUUGCAACAGUUAAGUUGAAGCCCACAUCCACCAAUGACAGAUCGGCGCCUCGUCUCUAUCGCUAAUGCCAUUUAGUUUACAGAAUAAUGAACUACCGUCGAUGUCGACGUCGAUUUGACACCUGUUCAUACUUCAAUGUAAAUAUAUUCUUCGAUCUACACUCUGUUCAAGUGUUGAUGUUUUGUUCAAAUAAGAUGAGAUACCUUUUAUCUGUCUCACAAUGGAGAAAUGUGCAAUCUGCCGCAGCAAAAUUUGGAGCGAAGAAAGCAGAAGGGAAAAAAAAACAUGAAGCAUUUGCAUGCACAAAUAUUGUCGAAUGUUUCAUUAUCCAGAUUUAUUCUAUUCUGGAAUUCUUCAAUACUGUGAGAACUUUGUUUCCACUCUUGUACUUCCAUUUCUUUUGAUUACUGUGUACUAAUGGGUAAGUAAAUGUGAACCACAUUCCCGACAAUAAAGUUAGAGUAACGUCCAUACACUUCAAAUGUGUUUCCCAAUUUUGGGCUGGAUUACAAAUCUCAACAACAACAAAAAAUGUUGGGUGUUAUCUUUAUGGUGUUAAAAAUGGCGAGCCCUCAAAUUCCAGUCAAUAGUCUCCGCGCUUGUCGCCAAGUAGUUGUCAGCGUUCUCUUUAGUGUUUCAAUACCGUUGCGCCAUGGCGCCGCUUCGGGUUUCUUCACCAGCCUAAUGUUCUCAACCGAGCAGAAAUUGGAAAAUCAAAGCCGCGCUCAAAGUUAAUGACGCCUCGGAGACAUCAUUUGCCAUCUUAAAUAUCUCCAAUAAUUGCGUUAUAAUUGCACAAUCGACAAUUAAUUUGUCAUGACAAAAAAUGAAAUGUGACCAUUUCCCAAUAAACGGGUUGUUCAUUGAAGGGCCGUUUGAACAUUUGUAUCAUUUUGUGUUGUCUUCCUCUGGUGACGCCACCGUGUCAAUCAAACCGUUUCCGUGCAGCUCGUCUCGAUACGACCCGGGCUCUCCGUUUAUUUGCUCAGGCAGUAAAUUGGCCUACAAAAGAAGAUCCCACAUUGUCUAUUUGGCUUUUCCGUUGGGGAUGCUUAACCCAAUUUGAACCUCAGUGUGAAUCCAAUUGUGCUAAUGGCUUCAAAGUACGGUUCUGUUAAAUUAGCCCCGCACCUCUGGUACAUUUGAUAAUAUUAUGGGUUGGUUUUUAUGUGGCGGCCUUCAACGGCUCUUUGAAGUGCAUCGCGUUAUACUUUAUGACGUUGCUUUCCACUUGGUCUCAAUGAGGAAAAAAAAAAGAAAAGAACGGGGUAAAAUCACAUCCAAUGAUUAGGCAAACAGAAAAGUCACAUUUGUCUUCAUUUAAUUCAUAUUUAUUUUUCAUUCACAGCUUUACCACUUUCUUCUUACGGCAUGACAAUAAUACAUCUCAUUACUAGAUGGAUGGCUGAAUCCAAUGUUCAUUUUUAGGGCUGGGCGCAAAAAAAAAAAAAAAAAAAAACGGCCGGGAAAAUUAAAAUGCUAAGAAAGAUGAAGCACAGAGGGGGGGAAAUAGGUCUCGCUUGUUAUCUCUUCACGUAUCUACUUUGCUUUAUAAUGCAAGGUCUAGUCCCUGCGGGCGUGUUUUUUAUU